AUGGAUGCGGGUUCGGUCGUGGCCGUCCGGCAAGCCGAUGAGAUGAUGGAGGAGGACGAUGUGGAGGAGCUCACCGGGGUGGUGGAGGAGCUGGAGGAGGAGGAAAUUGUACAGCAGUUCGAUGGGUCAACGGUGGUGACCGUUACGACGGCACGGGGCUCGCGAAGUGCGCACCAUCACGGCGGUGCUGGUGGCAUUAGCUUCGUGACGACCGAGUUGCCCCUGUCGUCGUCGUCCGGUCGUCGCCGGAUCGUUCGCCGGACGCUCGGCAACGUGCUGGAGGACGAUGUAGUGAUUGGUGACGCCGGCGACGGCAGCACGAUCGUGGAGGUGUCGGCUGGAGCUAGCACUAGCAAGCAAAGGCACGACGGUGGUGCAGCUAGUACUGCGGAAAGUAGUACGGGCGGAGGCACAGGUGCCGCUGGUGAGGAUGGUAGUGCGGGAGCAGUAGAAGGAGAAGCGCUCGAAGGUGCUGGUGGCGGUGGUGGUGGUGGCGGCGGCGGUGGUGGUGGAGAUCAUGCCGGUUUGCCAUCGUCCUACAAGCAUUUCUUUAUCCUCUAA